GUAAAAGUAGGUGACAGGUAGUGACUGCUUAGAGGCAGAUUCUGCAUAAUUUUACCAUAACAUGGCAGAGGUUUGAAAGCAAAGCUAUAAAAAGAGGCGAAUUGGUGGCUUACUUUAUUUAAUUAUGCUAUUACAAAGAUGUUCUUCCGAGGGUGGGAUGGAUUUGAACGGAUCCCCAGUGAAAUCGCCAAGUGACGAUUCUACCUUUCACCUUGCACGAACUUCGAGCAGCAUAGGUGAAACAGAGCAUUCAAGCGGCGAGUCAUCGGACACCGACAUAACAGAGAAGGAGCAUGGCACGGAGCCCUUUGGAGGGGACGGGAGUGGAGACGAUCCCAAAACAAAGAAACAGCGAAGACGGAGAACUCACUUCACUACCCAGCAGCUACAGGAGCUAGAGGGAACCUUUCAACAAAACCGCUACCCUGAUAUGAGCACCAGAGAAGAGAUCGCCUUGUGGACCAAUCUCACAGAAGCCAGGAUUCGGGUGUGGUUUAAAAAUCGCAGAGCUAAAUGGAGGAAGACUGAGCGUAGCCAGGCAGAGAUGUGUAAGAGCAGCUGCCUGCCCCAGCUUGGCGUCCUGGCACAGCCCUAUGAGGACAUAUACCGGCCCUACGCCUACACCAGCUGGAACGGCAAGACCCUGCCGCCCACAUCCCUCCCCUUCUACAACACCAUGAGCCCACACCCGUCCCAAACCAUGUUCCCCUCCCCCAGUGCCCUGUCUCCCAUGAGCCUGUCCCCCUGCACGGGACACUCUGCUCUGCCCGCCAUGUCCGCCACGCCCUCGUCGGGGCUGAGCAGCCUUGGCGGCUCGCCGCUCGGUUCGGCCAUGUCUUCUCCCGCCGGCCCCGACGCCUCCACCGUCCCGCCAUACGGCAUUUACCGUGACGUCACGCGGGGCCUCCGCGCGGCGUUUACCGCGUCACUGCGCUGA